CUCUGAACCAGGGAAGGAUGAAGCUUUUAAUCUUGGCAGCGCUGCUUGGACUGAGCCUUGCUCAGUUUAACCCAAACACCAGAGAUGGAAAAACUGCCAUCGUCCACCUGUUUGAGUGGCGCUGGGCUGAUAUUGCAGCGGAGUGUGAGCGCUACCUCGGACCAAAUGGCUUUGGUGGAGUUCAGGAGCAAUAUGAGGGACAGAACUGGGGUGAAGGUUGGGGCUUCAUGUCUUCUGAUAAAUCUCUGGUGUUUGUUGACAACCACGAUAACCAGAGAGGACAUGGUGCUGGAGGUGCAUCUAUUGUGACAUUCUGGGAUGCCAGGCUUUACAAAAUGGCUGUAGCCUUUAUGUUGGCCCAUCCAUAUGGAUUUACCAGAGUAAUGUCCAGCUACCGGUGGGACCGCAACAUCGUGAAUGGAGUGGACCAAAAUGACUGGCAGGGACCCCCCAGCAACGGUGAUGGAUCCACGAAACCUGUUCCCAUCAACCCCGACUCUACCUGUGGAGAUGGCUGGGUUUGUGAGCACAGAUGGCGUCAGAUCAAAAACAUGGUGGCCUUCCGUAAUGUUGUAAAUGGACAGGCAUUCUCUAACUGGUGGGACAAUGGAGACAACCAGAUCUCUUUCAGCCGUGGUAAUAAAGGGUUCCUUGUCAUUAACAACGAUGACUGGGAGCUGAACGAGACCCUAAACACGGGUCUGCCAGGAGGCACCUACUGUGAUGUGAUCUCUGGUCAGAAGGAAAGUGGCAGAUGUACUGGGAAAGAGGUGGUGGUUGGAGGAGAUGGACGUGCUUCCUUCAGAAUCAGCAACCAGGAAGAAGACCCAUUUAUCGCCAUUCACGCUGACUCCAAACUUUAAAUGACAUUAUUUAAUUAAACAAGCAGCAUGCAA